UUUGGCUUGUAAUCCAAUUCAAUUCACACUUUCCCAAAUUUUCCAAAAUUCCAGGUCCUCACACUGUCAUUUGAAAACAACACAACAAAGAAAAAAAAAAAAGAAAGAAAAGGCUAUGCCCAUUGCUUCAACUCAACUUCCCUUCAACACUCUUUCACUGUCUCCACCACCUAAAUCCUUUUCUUCCUUUUCCUAACCCCAAAUUUUUCAUUUCCGUACCACAAUUUCCCCGUGAUUCUCCUCGAUCUGUAACCGCUCUCAUUGCUGUUUCAUCCACAUUGCAAUAUUUGUGUCUUUUUUGUUGGAUUCAAUUUCUGUUUUCCGAAGAACGAGCUCGUCUUUUUCUCUCAUUGCUUUCUCGAGAUAGGUGCUAUUGAUAAAGGGGGCGAGGAGGGUCCAAAUCGAGUAUGCAGUGGGAGCAGGAGGGGUGGGGGAAAGGGGGAAUUAACAACGGUAAUGGGUUUCAUCGUGCAGGUAGUCAGCAGCUUCCGUCACUGGUGAAGUGGAUAAAUGCUGUGCUUCCUAACUUUAAUCUGCCUUUAGAUACUUCGGAGGACGAGUUGAGGGCACGGUUGAGGGAUGGAUCUGUGUUAUGCAGCAUUUUGGAUAAUCUGGUUCCUGGUUCGGUGAAGGGAAAUGGUUCUUUGAAUGAGCUACUCAGUGUGAAAAGGUUUCUGGUAGCUUUGGAUGAAUUGGGAUUGUCUGGAUUUGAAUUGUCAGACCUACAGCAGGGAUCCAUGGUGCCUGUGUUGCAGUGUCUUGAAACUCUAAAAACUCAUUUUUCUUAUAAUGCUGCACGAGAAAAUAUCCAAAGUUGUUCUAGAAAGAGGUGGGACCAAUCAAAUCUAAUGUCCUCAGAGGAAAGUGACAGUUGCCUCAAGGAUGCUUCAAAAUUUCAACAUGCUUUUGAUGGUUCUGUUGGAUCAGAUGGAAUUGCAUCCGUAGAUCACACUGGAAUAAAGUCUAAUGAACUGUUCCACUUGAAGAAAGGGUUGCAUGUAGAUUAUUCUGAUGCCAACUUUAAUGAAGUAUUGAAAUUAAACAAUUUGGAUAGUGUCUCAACUCAAUUGCUUUUUAAUAUAGGAAAAAGGAUCCUAAGUGAUAUAUUUGAAAGGAAAAAUGGAGAUGUACCUCAGGCUCAUCGUGCUGCAUGCUUGUUGAGGAAAAUUCUGCAAGUAAUUGAGUUGCGCUUUUCGAAUCAAGCUGAAAGCAUGAAAAAUCAAAACUAUCAUUUCAAAGCUCGUGAGGGAAAAUAUCAAACAAGAAUACAUGCACUUGAGACCUUGGCAGUAGGGACAACUGAAGAGAAUGAGAUUCUUUCAAGUUGGGUUCAGCAAUUGAAGUACGAUUUGCAGGCUGAACAAACUAAAUUUGAGGAGAAGAAGAGACUUGAAGAGCAAGAUUUUUCUCAUUUAAAGAAAGAAAAAGUUCGUAGUGAAAUUGAAAUUUCUGCAUUGAAGCAAGAUUUGGAAAUAGCCAAAAGAACACAUGAAAAACAUGUUUCAGAGUUAGAAUUGCUUGUUGCUGAAUCUAAAGCUGAAUAUGAAAAAAGGAUAGAGGAACUUAAGCUUCAUCUUGCAGAUGCAAGAAAGCAAGUGAAGGAACUAGAGGCAUUUUCAGAAUCCAGAUUUUUGAAUUGGAAGAAUAAAGAACAUAGCUAUCAAACUAUCGUAAAUUUCCAAUUUGGAGUUUUCCAGGAGCUGAGAGCAUCCAUGAAGUCUGUCAAAGAUGAUGUAAUAAAAACAAAAAGAAGCUACUUAGAGGAAUUCAAGUACUUUGGAACCAAGUUGAAAGGUCUAGCUGAGGCUGCUGAAAAUUAUCAUGUAGUUCUAGCAGAAAAUAGGAAAUUGUAUAAUGAAGUUCAAGAUUUGAAAGGUAAUAUAAGGGUGUAUUGUCGUAUUAGACCAUUUCUUCCAGGGCAAAAUCAAAGCCAUACAACAAUUGAGUUUGUUGGGGAUGAUGGAGAACUCGUUGUUAGCAAUCCUCUUAAACAUGGAAAGGAAAAUCGUAAACUAUUUAAAUUUAACAAGGUUUUUGGUCAAGCAACAAGUCAAGAGGAAGUAUUCAAGGACACUCAACCACUGAUUCGAUCUGUUCUUGAUGGGUACAAUGUUUGUAUAUUUGCCUAUGGUCAAACUGGUUCAGGAAAGACAUAUACAAUGAGCGGACCUGGCCUAUCAUCAAAAUCAGAUUGGGGAGUCAACUAUCGGGCACUUCAUGAUCUUUUCCAUAUCUCCCAGACUAGGAGAAGCUCUAUUGUUUAUGAAGUUGGAGUUCAAAUGGUUGAAAUUUAUAACGAACAAGUUCGUGAUUUACUAUCAAGCAAUGGUCCUCAAAAGAGACUCGGGAUUUGGAAUACUGCCCAACCAAAUGGGUUGGCUGUUCCUGAUGCAAGUAUGCAUUCUGUAAAUUCUAUGGCAGAUGUCCUUGAGUUGAUGAAUACUGGGUUGAUGAAUCGAGCAACUAGUGCAACAGCCUUGAAUGAAAGAAGUAGUCGAUCACACAGUGUUCUCUCUGUUCAUGUCCGAGGAACGGAUUUGAAGACCAACACACUGUUGCGUGGAUGUCUGCAUCUUGUAGAUCUUGCAGGAAGUGAAAGAGUGGAUCGCUCUGAAGCAACUGGAGAUAGGCUGAAGGAGGCUCAACAUAUAAAUAAAUCACUAUCUGCACUUGGAGAUGUGAUAUUUGCCCUAUCACAAAAGAAUUCACAUGUGCCAUAUAGAAAUAGUAAAUUGACCCAACUUCUUCAGAGUUCGUUAGGCGGUCAAGCAAAAACCCUUAUGUUUGUUCAGCUUAAUCCUGAUGUUGCUUCAUAUUCUGAAACUGUAAGCACCUUGAAGUUUGCUGAAAGGGUUUCUGGCGUUGAGUUAGGCGCUGCUCGUAGCAACAAAGAGGGAAGGGAUGUGAGAGAACUUAUGGAGCAGUUGGUAUCUCUCAAGGAUGUUAUUGGAAGGAAGGAUGAAGAGAUUGAGCAGUUACAGUUGCUCAAAGCAAAUCAAAAUGGUGCAAAUAAUGGCAUGAUCUCAGUUAGACACAGGUCAUCAUCUCCAAGGAGACUCUCCGUAGGGACUCCCCGAAAUAGCACAAGACGUUCGGGAAUGAGCAGCCUUAGAGUGAAUGGAAAGGCAGCUUCUGACAUGGAUAACUGCUCAGAAUACAGUGAUAAGCAUUCUGAAGCUGGUUCUCAUCAAUCAAUGGAUGAUUUCAGGAACAAGUCCAGCUCCCUUCGGUUGAAAUUAGCCAGAGAUGAUAUCAGUCAAAAUUUCAAUGAGGACACUGACCUAUUAAGAUUUGGAGAUGCAGAUUCGGAGGAGAGAUUAAGUGACAUAUCUGAUGGUGGUCUUUCAAUGGGAACCGAAACCGAAGGCUCAAUCAGUAGUAUUGUGGAGUAUACACUUUUCCCUGAACUCGAGAAGGCAGCUGAAGCGACACCAGUGAAGGACAGCAACACAAUCAUUAAUUUUCCAGCUGAAAGCACAGAAAAGCCAAUUAUGCCAUCCAGAAUUCCUAAAGCUGCUCAAGCCUCACAAAAAAUGCGGACAAUACCUUCUAGGCUAUCAUUAAGCAAAACCUCUUCGAAGGCUCCGUCAAGUGUUAGAAAACCCAUUGCCAGUAGCUCUUCUUCGGCGAAGCCCCUUAAACGUUGGCAAUAGUUAGGAUGCAUCUUGGAUGCUGUAGAGUGCUUAUUUUUAACAUAGCUAUAGGAGCUUUUUAUUUAUGUUAGGUGCUCAUUCUAAUUACACUGUACUCAAGGCUCGAGGUUCAGCUCAUUUCAGCAGCUUCAAUCUGUUAUUGAACGAGGCGAUUUGCAAACUCUAGCUUGUAAUCAGUUUGUAUGUAAAAAAGCACCAUGGCCUUUUUAUGCCAUGUUACUGAAUCUGCUGUAUUUACAACUUCUCAUUCAGUAAUGUUAUCUGCCAUGUUGUAUA